GUUUAUAAUUUCAAUUUUGCAUAAAAUUUUUCAUUUUGAGUCCCUAACCAAACCCUCUUCUUAUCUCUUCGCCCUUUCACCUUACAACACACACUCACACAAAGGCAAAAAAAUUAUCUCUCUUUGUUUUCUCUCUCAAGGCUAAAAGGUUUUCAGGUUUUUCUUAUCAUGAAAGGAGGAAAAUCUAAGGGGAAAGCUGAUAACAAACUCGGAGUGAAGAAGAGUGCUGCUCAGACCAAGAAGGAGAAGAAUGCUGCCAAGGACCCAAACAAGCCUAAGAGGCCAGCAAGUGCUUUCUUUGUUUUCAUGGAGGACUUCAGGAAGCAGUACAAGGAAAAACAUCCAAACAACAAAUCUGUUGCUGCUGUUGGGAAGGCUGGUGGAGACAAGUGGAAACACAUGUCUGAUGCUGAGAAAGCUCCUUACAUAGCUAAGGCUGAGAAAAGGAAGGCUGAGUAUGAAAAGAAUAUGGAUGCUUAUAACAAGAAACAGGCUGGUGAGGCUGAGGAAGAGGAGGAGUCUGACAAGUCUAAGUCCGAGGUUGAUGAGGAAGACGGAAGUGAUGAGGAAGAGGAGGAUGAUGACUGAAGUAGUAAGUGCUAAUGGAGGACAUUGAUGGGGAAAGCUGUGUAAUACCUUAGAUAUUUCUCUAUAUGACUUUCUUACCUAUCCUGUUAAAUACUUGCUCUUUUUCUAUUUUGUGGUAACUUUGGGGUUUCGUAGGUAUGGUAAAAAGAUGAAUUAGGGGGGAGAGCUUUCUUUAGAGCUCAGUGUCUUGUGUACUUUUUUAUUUUGAUGCUGGUGUUGCUUAAUGAUAAUUCAGCUUUUUAGGCAA